AUGCGCCCACCACCGGAUACUGCAUUAUCUUCCAGACGCUUUUUUUGGUUUGGAGAAAACAUGUCGCUCGAAACAGUGCCAAAGGAUCCUAACCGAAACCUACGAGCAUGUUUGUUCUGUUCCCUUGUAAAGACUUUUGACCAAUUUGAGCUGGAUGGCUGUGACAAUUGUGAGGAACAUUUACAUAUGAAGAAUAACAGAGAUGCAGUGUAUGACUGUACUAGUGCUAAUUUUGAUGGAAUGGUAGCUAUGAUGAGUGGUGAUGACAGUUGGGUGGCCAAAUGGCAAAGGAUAGGUCGGUUUGUGAAGGGUUGUUAUGCCUUGUCUGUGACGGGGCGCCUUCCACCGGGAGUGGUCCGAGAGUUGAAGAGAAAAGGAAUUAUUUACAGACCUCGAGAUGUCAGUCAGAAACUAGUUGGAUGACGAAUCAUCACUGCAAUUUCAUGGAAAGUUUGAGAGGUUUAAUCCUGUAUGAGACUGGUGUGUAUUGUUAAGUGAAAACCAAAAUUAUGAGGACAAAACAUUGUGUAUGAGAGAGUGCAUAUCUGUAUAAGACAGCUUCCCAGACACUAUUUGUAGGUGAGUGAGGGGGUGUAUCACUGUUAGGGUGACAUCAUUUGUGAGGGUGUUCAUGUGUGAGAGAGGGUGUCUUUGUGGAGGCAUCACUGUUUGUGAGGGUGUUCUGUGCGAGGGAGGGUGUCUUUAUGGAGGCAUCACUGUUUGUGAGGGUGUUAGUGUGCGAGGGAGGGUGUCUUUAUGGAGGCAUCACUGUUUGUGAGGGUGUUCGUGUGUGAGAGAGGGUGUCUUUGUGGAGGCAUCACUGUUUGUGAGGGUGUUCUGUGUGAGAGAGGGUGUCUUUGUGAAGGCAUCACUGUUUGUGAGGGUGUUCGUGUGUGAGAGAGGGUGUCUUUGUGGGGAUUUUGAGGAUAUUUUAGUGUGUAUAUAUCUGAAUUACUUUGUUAACAUGGUGAACUGUGUGCUGGAGAAUUAGUAUUUACCAAUUAUGUUAGAAAUUGGUGCAAUAUAUUAUGAUUCCGUUUAGAAAGAAAUUUGAAAAAUAUUCUUUUUUUUUCAAUUUUGAAUAUUUCAUUUGUAUUUAUGUACAGAUUUAUGGUCUAUAUUUGAACAAGUUGCACUAAGACAAUGGAAACAUCAUAGGCAGGAUUUGGUUAUUUGAUUAAAAUAUUUAACUAAAUAAGCUUGUAAAAUUUAAUUAACACACUCAAACCUUUAAUCAGCAUUUUGUAUAAUGCAACUAUUUUCUCGUCAAAGAAUUUUGUUAAAUUUGUUGUACAAAAGUAGCAGUCAAAUAAAAAACAUUAAAAUAUGA